UGAAUAUAAAUUGGCCCGAAGAGCACAAUCAGAUAUUCGCAACUCAUCUUCAGUCAAAGUAUCAACAACUCAACUGACAGUAAAAAUGAAAUUCCAAGCUUUCGUCCUUUUCCUGGCACUCGUCGGACCGUCGACUUUAUCAGCACUUCAAAUAUUUAAAGAAGGAUCGACAGAAACACCGCAAACUGCCAAAAAUCCAGAGGAACAGCAACCUAGUCUUGAAGAUUAUAGUUAUCUACUUGCCGAGAAAAAGCAACAGAAUGAUUUGAAGAAACUACAAGCUCUUCAAAAAGAAAAGGAGUUAUUGAAACUCUACCAACAACAAUCAGAGGAAAAAUCCUUUCCAACUGGAGAUCUAACAUCAGGACCCGGAUUUGAUGAAAACACAGAUCUUGCAAAGAAGUACCAGAAACAAAAACUUUUGCAGAAACUUGCCUCGCUAGAAGAUUCUUCGAAAUUUUUAAACUCUGAGGGACAAGAAAAUUCCGAUUUGAAGGCCUUCCUCAACAAGAAAUUCAGCUCAAAACAAUCCACAUCAGACGAGAGCCAAUUCUCUAAACUUCAACAAAUCAAAAAGUUCCAAGGACAACAGUCUUUUAGCUCCGAAGGCACUGAAGGGCAAGAUAAUAGUUUCUUACAGAAAUGGGCGAAAGGUUUAUCUCAAUUUUCAAAAGGACCAUCAAACAAAAUGCAAAGUCAAGUUGGAGAUGCGUUCAAGUAUUACAAAGUGAUCAGUACCUAUAAAGUGCCUGGAGCAAGUCAUCAUGGAAUUCAUCAUGGAAAUCAUUUUCUAUCUAAACAAGGAUUUGAUUUUACUAAGAAAUCCUCACCAUUCCAAAUAGCUGACAGCAAUCCGGUACCAUAUGGAUUUCAGAAGGCAGCAGCAUUUCCUCCAGUUGUCAAAGUUGUGAAGAUUGUUAAGAACCAACCCCAACAAUCCUUCCUAGGACAAUCAGGCUUUGGUGCUGUUCCACAAUUCAAUCCCUUUUAUCAACAAGGUGGAAGUCCACAAAUUGUAUCUAAAGUGAAGGUAUUCAAACCAGUUCAUUAUACAAACUCAUUUGGCCUGAAACCCUUCCCAUCUUAUCCAUCUGGAAGCUUUGCUAAACCUGUAGAAGUAACAGUCAAGAAAAUAAUUAAACCAUUUUCUUUGUACUAAUUUAUUGAAUGUAUAAAAUUGAUAUGGAAUUGAGGAUAAAAUGAAGGGAAAAUAAAAUUGUGU